UGUGUGCCACGGCUUGUUGCUACUGCUGGUGAUGAAGGUUAAUGAUGAUGGAGAGGAUGAGGCUCGUGUUUGUGAUAUGAACGUAACGUGACAUGGGAAAGGUGACCGGAAAUUCACGCCGAACCUUUCAAAUAACCUCACCUGAGAUUCAUCCGCGCCUUUUCCGGUUGAUCUGUUUGGUGUGACCUGUAAAUAUAACUAAAACAGCACCAUGUUGGCCAGGAAGGGCCUGCUGCCUGACGGCUUCCUGCUGACUCGCCUGGCGGAGGACCAGAACCAGCCGAACCGCUGCCGGUCCAAGUUUCAGAGACCCCGCUUCAUCACCAAAAGCGGGUCUUGCAAUGUGGCUCACAAGAACAUCAGGGAGCAGGGUCGCUUCUUGCAGGACGUCUUCACCACCAUGGUGGAUCUGAAGUGGCAGCACUCCCUCCUCAUCUUCACCUCGGCCUUCCUCUGCUCCUGGAUGCUCUUCGCCAUGAUCUGGUGGCUCGUGGCGUUCGCUCACGGGGACCUGAAGCCUCGUGAUGCGGACAGCGAUCCUGGACCAGUUCCUUGCGUGACCGCUAUCCACUCUUUCACCUCGGCAUUCCUCUUCUCCAUUGAAGUCCAGGUAACCAUCGGUUUUGGCGGCCGGAUGGUGACGGAGGAGUGUCCCGUGGCCAUUGUCGUUCUGAUCAUUCAGAACAUCCUGGGGCUUAUCAUCAACGCGGUGAUGCUCGGCUGUGUGUUCAUGAAGACGGCACAGGCCAACCGGCGGGCGGAGACGCUCAUCUUCUCCAGAAACGCCGUCAUCGCUCCCCGGAAUGGCCGGCCAACCUUCAUGUUUAGAGUUGGAGAUCUGAGGAAGAGUAUGAUCAUCUCAGCUACUGUGCAGCUUCAGGUGAUCCGGCGGACGGUGACUGCAGAGGGAGAGGUGAUCCCGGUGUGCCAGCUGGACAUCCAGGUGGAGAACCCCCUGAGGAGUAACGGCAUCUUCCUGGUGUCUCCGCUCAUCAUCAGCCACACCAUGGAGCGAGGAAGCCCGCUCUACGAGCUGUCCGCCCAAUCGCUGGCUUCCGAAGACUUGGAGAUUAUCGUCAUCCUGGAAGGUGUGGUGGAGACCACAGGGAUCACCAUGCAGGCUCGCACCUCCUACAUCCCAGAGGAGAUCCUGUGGGGGCGGCGCUUCGUCUCCAUCAUCACAGAGGAGGACGGCAGAUACUGCGUUAACUACUCCAAGUUUGGCAACACCGUUCCGGUGCGGAUGUCGUCGCUCAGCGCCAAAGAGCUGGACCAGACCAGAGGAGUCCAGGAGGGGGGUGCGGAGGCUAACCUGCAGGGGUGGGGGUUAGUCCGUGCUGGUAGAGGGGGCUUUCGCAGAGGAGCCCGGGCCUGCACCAGCUCUGCCCCGCAGCCCUGGUACGCCCAAUCGGAGAAGCCAGAGCCGGAGGCAGAGCUAAAGGGACAGAAGAAGAAGGUGCGGCUGGAGGUGAUCGGACCAAAGGCGGAGGAGGAGGACCUGGGGGACAUAAGCGACUGAAGACAGACUCAUAGAAUCACACUCAGGCUGGCAGGGUUGGUGUUCACUGACACAUCCCACAAUGCAAUGCUGCGAGGAUCACAGGAGAGCAAAAACGAAAGAAGGGAGUUGUCAGAUUGAAAACGCAAACUUAUCAUAUGACCGGACAGCCUUAAAGUCAGGGACUCACAACAACAACGACAAAUUCACAAUAAUAAGUAAAAGCUCCAACAUUCCAACUGAGCAGUCUGAGGGACAGCUUAGAGACACAAAAAACCCGACACAAAGAACAGCACACAAACUUCACCUGCCUCCAGUUAUUGUACAUUUUGUGUUUUUGUGUAAAUGUCGUACUUUUGUGAUGCUUUUUCAUCGUGUUCUGUGUUUGUUUCCUGCUGCUCUGAGCAGGUAAAGAUCUGUCAAAUGUAUUUUAGUCCUUUUCAAAAGGAUAUUAUUCAUGAUCAAUAAUAAAACGUUUUUUGAUUUUC